AGCGCGCGUUGGGGCGGGGUUUUUACCUUGGUGACGUCUCCAUUGAGUAGGAGCGUAGUAGCUUAAGGAAAUAUGGCGGAUCAUGAAGAGCAGUUGUCCGAUGAGGAGAAGGUGCGCAUAGCUGCAUCCUUCAUAGUUCAUGCUCCACCAGGAGAGUUCAAUGAAGUCUUUAAUGAUGUUCGGUUACUGCUCAAUAAUGACAACCUUCUCAGGGAAGGAGCAGCACAUGCAUUUGCACAGUAUAACCUGGACCAGUUUACACCAGUUAAAGUAGAAGGGUGCGAUGAACAGGUUUUAAUAACAGAGCAUGGUGAUAUUGGAAAUGGCAGAUUUUUGGAUCCAAGAAACAAGCUUGCUUUUAAGUUUGAUCACUUGAGAAAAGAGGCUAGUGAUCCAAAACCCCAUGAAAUAGAAAAUGCAAUAGAAUCAUGGAGAAAUUCCAUAGACAGUGCGGUAAGAGCCUAUGUAAAAGAGCAUUACCCACACGGAGCUUGUACUGUAUAUGGCAAAACCAUUGACGGACAACAAACCAUUAUUGUUUGCAUUGAGAGUCAUCAGUUCCAAGCUAAUAAUUUCUGGAAUGGACGUUGGAGAUCAGAAUGGAAGUUCACUAUUACUCCUCCAACAACUCAGGUGGUUGGAAUUUUGAAAAUUCAGGUUCAUUACUACGAAGAUGGAAAUGUCCAGUUGGUGAGUCAUAAAGAUAUACAGGAGUCCAUGUCACUUUCAAAUGAAGCCCAGACUGCAAAGGAGUUUUUAAGAAUUAUAGAAUCUGCAGAGAAUGAAUACCAGACUGCCAUCAAUGAGAAUUACCAGACAAUGUCAGAUACAACAUUUAAAGCCUUACGUCGACAGUUACCAGUUACACGCACCAAAAUUGACUGGAAUAAGAUCCUUAGUUACAAGAUUGGAAAGGAAAUGCAAAGCGCUUGAAAUUGUCAUUGCAUGACUAGGUCAUAUUAGUGUCUUGUGUAAAUAUCGGAUGGGAUGAAAUGUAACCAAAUGUCCCUGAAAUGUCAAUAUGCUUCAUGCAAAUGGACUUGCCAUUGAUGAAUAUAAUGGCUAAAUUACAGUCAGGACAGCUGACUCUUCCUUUCAUGAAUUCUUUAUCUGUAAAGAAAGAAAAAAAAAAUUGUUCUAAGGGCUUGGAAGCAUAAGUUAGACUUGUAUGAUCACCAUCUUUUAUUACAUCGCUGUGGUUACUCGACAUUUGCUGAGAUGGUGGCAACACGCCUUUAAUUGUAGAUAUCAUCUGAAUUUUUGUGAUAGUAUUAUCAGACCCAGAAGUUAACUGGCAUAUUUUUCACAAAAUGGUGAGCUUUGAAGUCCAUUUGCUUCUUUACUGAGAAAAUGGGGAGUGGUGGAUAAGCCUUUGGUCACCGUUCAUUUCCUUGUAUAUGCUUCAUCAGGCAUGGUAUUACAGCUUUAGCCACAUGGCAUUGCCGUACUGUAAAUGAGUUUCCCUUCAAGAAAAUUAUGGUGUUAUUUUCUAAUUUAAUUGUAUUAAUUGGCAGUUAUAUACACUCUCAGUGUUAACUAACUGUUGUAAGUUAAUGGGAUAAUGCUUACUUGUACAUCAAGUAGAUGUAAUACAUAAUGCAAGAGAAGCAUAUAAAACUUAUGGGCUUUUCUUACCCCAUAAAAGAGCUUUGUAGUGCAUUUGCCCUCAAAUUCUUAUUUUUUUACAUAGCCAUCCACAGAUGUAUUAUAACAAGGCACAUUGUAAUAUAUUAACAUGUAUUCAGUACCAUGUCUAUUAGUUUGAAUAAAAAAAGUCUAACUAUACUACAAACUGAGUCUUGACAUUAAAUAAACUUUUCAGCUGA